AUGUCUCGAGUUUUCAAACUGAGGAGCUCCGACAAUGAGACAUUCGAAAUUGAAGAAGCUGCAGCGAUGCUCUCUAAAACCAUCAAGAGCUCGUCGUCCGCCGACAUUGAAGUGCCAAACGUGAAGGCAGAAAUUUUAGGCAAGGUGGUGGAGUGGUGCAACAAGCAUGCAGAGAGAGAAGGCAUUGAAGAUCAACUCAUCAAAGAGUGGGACGCUGAGUUACUUAAUGUCGACCAAGAUGUUCUGUUCAAGCUGAUAACAGCUGCAGAUUAUCUACAGAUUAAAGAACUGGUGGAUCAAUUAACUCAAAGAGUUGCGGACAUGAUUAGGGCAAAGACAUUUAAGACGGUAGAAAUGACUCGCAUGACAUUUGACAUCAAGAGAGAAGUGCAAGAAGAAUUAAAAUCAGUGGGGUUCUAA